AUUGCACUUGGAAUGCAGCAUUGGCAGCUCGAGGCCGCGGCGCCCUAUAGCCUUGACCCUGACACAGCAACAAUUGGUGAGCUGUUUCAGCGGCAGGGGUACGCAACAGCAUUAGUGGGCAAGUGGCACCUUGGUCAUUUCACAGCGGCUGCUCUGCCCAUGCGCCGUGGCUUUGAGAGUUUUUACGGGUUUUAUACAGGCGGGGAAAACUAUUUUACACGCGUUUCGGAGGGAGCCUGUGCACGACGAGUGAAUACGUCCUCAAGAGACAGCAUGCCUGAAGUUGAAACACACGCGGACCUUCCGAACGCACCCGCAAGCUACGGUAAGAGCCAUUCGACCUAUGCGUUCGCCACGCGUGCCUCCGAACUUGUCGCCCGCCACGGGAGUUUGUCGGAAGACGGCCUCGUCCAGCCUUUCCUUCUCGUUCUUGCUCUGCCCAACCCCCAUGUGCCACUCCUCGCACCAGCUGCUGUAUUCAGGACACAUGAUGCUGUACUUCGUCAGAUCACUAACAACCAGCGGCGCACUUUCGCUGCCCUAACUAUCCUUUGGGACGAAGCUCUUGGGAACGUGUCGGCUGCCUGUAACACACAUCUGCCCGCGCGUCCGAUACUCUGGGUGAUUACUUCAGAUAAUGGUGCUGCGGUCGAUGGAGGCGGGAGUAACUGGCCUCUGCGAGGUGGUAAAAAAUACCUCUAUGAAGGUGGUGUCAAAGUCCGUGGCAUCAUGUACUCAGCAUCAGAUACUCUAAUUCCCGAUUUACGCCGCGGGGCCACAUACAACAGUCUCAUGCAUAUAGUUGACAUACUUCCAACUCUCUUGCUUGGAGUGCUCGCGGGAGGGAAUUAUAACAACGAUGGCCUCAUUAACAUCGAUGGUGUUGAUCAUUGGUCCCAUCUUCGUGAUGGUGCUGGAGACGAGCCGCGUGAUGAAGUUCUUCUUAAUAUUGACUACCUAGACGCCAAUCUUGAUUAUCUCGGCUACCUGCGAGCUGCUAUCAUCUCCUGUGCGUCGACUUACGCAAAUGGAGGCGUGGCCACGCUGCCUGAUUUGCCUUUGUUGAGAGCCUCGACUCUGGGUAGGAUAUGUUUCAAAGGCCUUUAUAACGUGGAGGAGGCUUUUGCAGCGUCCUAUUUUCAUUAUUGA